AUGGGUAGUGAGCCUGAACCUGACUACCUGAGCUUUCUAAGAGAUGAAGAUAAAUGUCAAUUUGUCGAAUUACGAAAGAUGUUUACCUCAGAAGAUUACAAUUUUUCUGAUCAAAAUCCUUUCUUCGAAAUCAUGUCGAUAAUAAAAGAUUUUUCGAUUCGCAAUAACGAAGAUGAUGCUAGGCGAUGCGCAGUUUGCGGACUAUGUUGGCUGAAAACCUCGCUAGGAGUUAAUGAAUGCCAUUUAACGUAUUUAACAGGUCAACCGAAAGUGACUAUUAGAAACGAGCUAACUAGACUGAACUAUAUGCCAACUCUGUUUACAAAUGAAAUCAUUCUAAAAAUCCCUUAUCUGGAAGGAAAUAUUCCAGAAUUGAGGCUUUGGUCUUUCCGUAAAAAUCCAUCUGGGACACAGUUAGCCGUAUCGAUGGCGCGCAAAACCUUCAAAACUCAAUCACCAAAGCCUCAUACUCCAAGUGAGCUUCUUUUCCAAAAGAACUGGAGCUACGAAGACUUUGAGACAUAUUUGUCUGAUUCCCCAGCCAAUCCUAUGAAAAUGGGGGAUGAAUUCUUUGAUGAUGUGUUUCUCCUUCCUUUUAGCGAUUGGAAGAAGAAUCAACCUUCAUCAGAUGUUUCUAUACUACCCCCAUUUUAA